AUGCCACAGCGCAGUACAGAAGACGCUUUAUAUGAUACAAUGACGGUGAUAAGACAGGGCAUCAAAGAAAAAAUGAUCGUUGUAGUGGUAUCUCUUGACAUAGAAGGGGCAUUUGAUAAUGCUUGGUGGCCCCAAAUAAUUAGAGAAAUGAAAAGGAAAAAGGUUAGUCCAGAGAUUCUCAGGUUAGUCACUAGUUACCUGUCAUUUAGAAGCAUUUUACUAAAGUAUGCAGGAGCAGAAGUCACAAAAUCAACCACCAAAGGCUGUAUACAAGGGUCUACCUGUGGACCUAUCCUCUGGAAUAUUCUUUUAGAUCCCCUUCUCGAAUCAAUUUCAAAACUAAAUGUCCGUAUACAGGCGUAUGCGGAUGACAUACUUGUUAUUGCAAAAGGACAUUCAGCUAAUGCAGUAGAAGAAAAACUAAAUCCAGCUUUAGAGCAAGUAAUGGCAUGGGGGAAAAAACACAAAUUGAACUUCGCACCACAUAAAACUCAAGCAAUAGUAAUCACAAAAAAGCUAUCCUAUGAAAUUCCUACAAUUAAAAUGAAUAAUAUCAUUAUCAAACUAUCUUCGAGUCUGAAAGUACUUGGUGUUACUUUUGACACAAAUUUAAAUUUCGUAGAACAUUUAGAUGGAGUUCUCAGAAAGGCACUAAACAUCUAUAAAACCAUAUCGAGAACAGCAAGAGCCAACUGGGGUCUUAACUCAGAGAUAGUCAAAACUAUAUAUUUAGCUGUAGUGGAGCCAACUAUUCUUCAUGCGGCAAGUGUAUGGGCCACGGUAGCGAAAAAAGAAUACAUGAGGAAAAGAUUAGAACGUAUAACAAGAAUGUUUGCAAUUAAGAUCUGCAAAGGCCACAGGACAAUCUCAUUUACGUCUAGCGUGUUACUAUCAGGAAUCAUUCCUCUUGACUUAAGAGCAUUGGAACAUCUUUCACUCUAUGAAAUUAAACGAGGAAAGCCACUAGCACAACUACCACGAAGAACCGUAGAAAAACCAAUAAGCCCAUUCUGUUUACCCCAUCCCGCUGAAAGAGAGCGUGUAUCUUUCAAGAUGGUAGUUACACAAGAAGAAGAAAACGCAAUCGACGGCCUUAAGCCGAGAAUAUACACGGACGGCAGUAAGUUAGAAGACAAAGUAGGUGGCGCUGUCAGUGUGUGGAGAGAGGGUAAAGAAAUACUCAAAUCAACAUUUAGGUUAGAAAGUUACUGUAGUGUUUAUCAGGCUGAACUUACUGCUAUUCUUAAAGCACUUGACAUGAUGUGCAAGAUCAGUAAAUUAAAGAAAGCAAUAAUACUAAGUGACUCACGAUCAGCUUUAGAGUGCCUAACCGACAGCACGUCUCUCCAGCCUCUUGCAGUUGAAAUACGAGAACGUUUAAGAGAGUUGAAAUAUAAAGACGGGGAUGUUGAGUUCUACUGGGUCAAAGCGCAUAUUGGUAUACCCGGCAACGAAAGAGCUGAUGAACUUGCAAAGAAGGCAGCACUGUCUAACAAACAAGCCGCAGUUUAUGAUAAGUGCCCUCUGUCCUUCGCGAAGCGUCUCACCAGGGACUUUACCUGCAUGGGGUGGCAACAACGAUACAAUGAAGCUACAACAGGAGCAGUCACGAAGAUAUUCUUUCCGGACAUAAGACAAGCACACAGUACACUUAAAAACAUUAAACUAGAUAACGUUAAGACGCAAUUGUUAACGGGUCAUGGAGGUUUUAAGGCGUAUUUAUUCAAGUACAAAUUAACGCAGUCCCCAUCUUGUGCAUGCAGUAGUGAAGUAGACGAAACAAUUUUACACCUGUUAAUAGAUUGCCCGAGAUUCGCUAUGAAAAGAUUGGAAUGCGAGCAGAAGAUGGGAAUUGCAAUUAAAGAUACUACCCUAAAAUACGCUAUUAACAACGAUGACUGUCGCACCCAUUUCCUAAAAUAUGCAGAAAUAGUCGUUCGUACUGCAGGAAAAGCAAAUGGGUCCAAAAUAGUAUAG